GCAGCGGACAGACUCGACUGGUGAUUCCGCGACACACAAGCAGAGCAGGCAAAUGAGUUUAAAUUAUCUGUUUGGGCAGAUUUAUUCAGGAUAAAAAGCAGAGCUGGACAUCUAUAACAUUACUUGAGACUGCCAUGUUGAUAUGAAUUAUUCGUUCGCAGAUCUUUCGGGAACGCGGAGCACAGCCGGCGAGUUCAAGCAGAGCAGGGGGAGCACAACUAGCCUGUUAGCUUUGUUAGCUGUCCGUUAGCUCAGGAGCCGCUGAUUCGUCCACUCUGUCCUAUGUUAAAGCUAAUUUACCCAGUAACAGUCAACACUUUGGGGUCCUGCUGAACUGUUUUCAAGUAUUUUUUAAAUCUAUAUCCCAAUACCCAAAAGGAGGGAAGACAGAACCCUGUGACAGGUUGAGGGUUGGGAGCAGCAGGGCAAAACCGAGCGGUGUCCUCAAGUGGCCGUGUCACCAUGGAUAACGCACACACGAAGACGGUUGAAGAAGUUUACAGCUUUUUUAACGUCAAUGAAAGCACGGGUCUGAGUUUAGAGGCAGUGAAGAAGCAGCGGGAACGAUAUGGACCAAACGAAUUGCCAGCUGAGGAGGGUAAAUCCCUGUGGGAGCUGGUGGUUGAGCAGUUUGAAGAUUUGCUUGUGAGGAUCCUUUUGCUCGCUGCCUGCAUAUCUUUUGUGCUGGCCUGGUUUGAGGAGGGAGAGGAGACCGUUACAGCCUUUGUGGAGCCUUUUGUUAUCCUGCUUAUUCUCAUAGCGAAUGCUAUUGUUGGAGUCUGGCAGGAGCGAAAUGCCGAAAAUGCCAUCGAAGCACUUAAGGAGUACGAGCCAGAGAUGGGGAAGGUGUACCGCCAGGACAGAAAGAGUGUCCAGAGAAUCAAGGCCAGGGACAUCAUGCCAGGAGACAUUGUGGAGGUGGCAGUUGGAGAUAAAGUGCCUGCGGACAUCAGGCUGACCUCGAUCAAGUCGACCACGCUGAGGGUAGACCAAUCAAUUCUUACAGGAGAGUCUGUAUCUGUGAUCAAACACACAGACCCGGUGCCUGACCCACGUGCUGUCAACCAGGACAAGAAAAACAUGCUCUUCUCUGGCACCAACAUUGCAGCAGGUAAGGCUGUUGGUGUGGUGGUGGCUACAGGUGGCAACACGGAGAUUGGCAAGAUCAGAGAUGAGAUGGCAGCAACAGAACAGGAGCGAACACCACUGCAGCAAAAACUGGAUGAGUUUGGACAGCAACUAUCUAAGGUUAUUACUCUGAUCUGCAUUGCCGUGUGGAUCAUCAAUAUCGGACAUUUCAAUGAUCCUGUCCAUGGAGGCUCCUGGAUCCGUGGAGCUGUCUACUACUUCAAGAUCGCUGUGGCUCUGGCAGUUGCUGCUAUCCCAGAAGGUCUGCCUGCUGUCAUCACUACUUGCCUGGCUUUGGGAACAAGGCGCAUGGCCAAGAAGAAUGCCAUUGUCCGCAGUUUACCCUCUGUGGAGACCCUCGGCUGUACAUCUGUCAUCUGCUCCGACAAGACCGGCACGUUGACCACCAAUCAGAUGUCUGUGUGCAGGAUGUUUAUCAUUGACCAAGCAGAAGGGGAUCAUUGUUCCUUGAAGGAAUUCACUGUUACUGGCUCUACGUAUGCUCCAGAUGGAGAAGUGUUCCAUGAUGGCAAAGGAGUCAAAUGUUCCCAGUAUGACGCCUUGGUGGAGCUGGCCUCUAUCUGCGCUCUCUGUAAUGAUUCCUCAUUGGACUAUAACGAGACUAAAGGUGUGUAUGAGAAGGUGGGAGAGGCCACAGAGACGGCUCUCACAUGCCUGGUGGAGAAGAUGAACGUGUUUGAUACAGAUGUUAAAGGCCUGUCCAAGAUCGAGAGGGCCAACGCCUGCAAUUCUGUGAUCAAGCAGCUGAUGAAGAAAGAGUUUACCUUGGAAUUCUCCAGAGACAGGAAGUCCAUGUCUGUGUACUGUACCCCUAACAAAGCCCGCUCUUCUGUCGGCAAGAUGUUUGUAAAGGGUGCCCCCGAGGGAGUGAUUGACAGGUGCACGCACAUUCGUGUUGGCAGUAACAAGGUGCCCUUGACCCCUGGCAUCAAGGAAAAAGUCAUGUCCGUGAUCCGGGAGUACGGAACUGGCAGGGACACCCUGCGUUGUCUGGCCCUGGCCACCCGAGACAACCCCAUGAACAAGGACGACCUGGUGUUGGAGGACUCCACCCGCUUUAUUGAGUAUGAGACUGAUCUGACAUUCGUCGGCUGCGUGGGCAUGCUGGAUCCCCCCAGGGCAGAGGUGGCAGCUUCUAUCAGGCUCUGCCGACUUGCAGGCAUCCGAGUAAUUAUGAUCACCGGCGACAACAAGGGGACCGCUGUGGCGAUCUGCAGACGUAUUGGUAUUUUUGGAGAGGACGAUGAUGUGUCCAGCAUGGCUUACACUGGCCGAGAGUUUGAUGAUCUGUCACCUGCUGUACAAAGAGAUGCUGUGAUCAAGGCCCGCUGCUUUGCUCGUGUCGAGCCUUCCCAUAAAUCCAAGAUUGUGGAAUUUCUGCAGUCCUAUGAUGAGAUUACAGCUAUGACUGGUGACGGAGUAAACGAUGCUCCCGCUCUAAAGAAGGCUGAGAUUGGUAUCGCCAUGGGCUCAGGCACAGCUGUGGCAAAGACGGCCUCUGAGAUGGUGCUAGCUGAUGACAACUUUUCCACUAUUGUAGCUGCCGUAGAGGAAGGCAGAGCUAUUUAUAACAAUAUGAAACAGUUCAUCAGAUACCUCAUCUCCUCUAAUGUGGGCGAAGUUGUCUGCAUCUUCCUGACUGCAGCUCUGGGGUUCCCUGAAGCUCUCAUCCCUGUUCAGCUGCUCUGGGUCAACCUGGUGACCGACGGUUUGCCCGCCACCGCUUUAGGCUUCAACCCUCCAGACUUGGACAUCAUGAACAAGCCUCCACGCAACGCUCGCGAGCCCCUCAUCUCUGGAUGGCUCUUCUUCAGAUACCUAGCCAUUGGAUGUUAUGUGGGUGCUGCCACUGUUGGUGCUGCUGCCUGGUGGUUUGUUGCUGCUGAAGAUGGUCCAAGGAUCACCUUUUACCAGCUGAGCCACUUCCUGCAGUGUGGUCCAGAGAAUCCAGACUUCGAGGGUAUGGACUGUAGGAUCUUUGAGUCUCCUUACCCCAUGACCAUGGCCCUGUCGGUGCUGGUCACCAUUGAGAUGUGCAAUGCCCUGAACAGUGUGUCAGAGAACCAGUCCCUGCUGCGUAUGCCUCCCUGGGAGAAUGUAUGGCUGCUGGGAGCCAUCUGCCUCUCCAUGUCCCUUCACUUCCUCAUCCUCUACGUGGAACCUCUUCCGAUCAUCUUUCAGAUCACCCCUCUCAAUCUGACACAGUGGCUGAUGGUGCUAAAGAUCUCUCUUCCCGUCAUCCUGCUGGAUGAGAUUCUCAAGUUUGCUGCCAGGAACUACCUGGAGCCGGGUAAAGACCUGGAGAAGCCUGCCAACUCCAAAGGCUGUGCCCUGUCUGCAUGCAUGGAGGGCAUCUCCUGGCCCUUCGUGGCUGUUUCCCUCCCCUUGCUCCUCUGGAUCUACAGCUCCGACACUAACAUGGCCGACAUGUGGUCCUGACUGACUUGAGCACAACCUCGACUUUCCAAUUUGCAUUCCUCCCCCCACCCCCCACCACCACCAUCACUUCCCCAUCCUCCAUCCCCCAUCCUCUCCCCUCUUCCCUCUCUGCCUUCCUUCAUGUGCAUAGCUAGCGUGUGUGCGCGUUUGUAGAUUUAGCGUGUGUGCUUGUGUGUGCCUACUGUGAGUGUGAGAGUGUGUGUGUGUGCGUGUGUGUGUACGAGAAGGACCAACUGUAACACAUGAAACGUAACAAAUACUAUCAAAUGUUAACAUUGAGAAGUCACCUGUUUUGAGUUGGGAUCAGAUUUGUGAACGGGUGAGGCUUUAAAUGCGAGUGUUAGAAGACCAUCACUCCCAUAGCUGUGGACUUUGUUGCUGGUUUGAAAGAAAAUAUACUGUUGCCAUUAUUUUUUUUUUGUUAUGUCAAUAUUGCCUUUAAGGUUUCUAUUUUUUAAUUAUUUGGGAAAUAUCAGUUGUAUUAUGUCACUACAGUAACAAAAGCAAAUUGUUUUGUUUAGCUUCCCUAUUCAUGGCAGGAAAAUCUUAAGAUAUCAGAAAUCCAUUGAUCUGUACAGAGAUUGAACACUAUUUUAUGCAACUUUUUUUUUUUUAAAUGGCUUUGUAAAUUGUUUGACCAGCGUGGCUUAGACAUACCGCCUUUCUAAUGUUUACCAUUGUGUCUUCAGUAUAAACUCAGAACUCUUUCAGAGAGGAGAAGCUCCGUGUGGCAGACGAGGACUGGGGGAAAGGUUUGGGAGUGAACAUUUGAAUGCUCCGCUUUAAACAAAACGGGGAGGGGAAAAAAAAUUAUCAAAAAGCCGCAUGUCCUGUGACCAAGCAUGAACUGUAUGUGGUUUCUCAUUUCUAAUUUAAUUAUGUAUUGCCCCCCCCUCCCUUUCCCAUGUCAGAAUUUAAAUUAACGUCAUGGAAUUUUUUUUUUUUUUUUUUUUUUUACUAUUAUGAUUUGAAAUAAGCCAGUUUUUCUGCACUGGGCAGAGCACAGCUACCUCAAUAUGAUAAAGAAAGAUCGUUUAGUUUUUUGCUCAUCUCUAGAUGCUUUUCCCUCACGGCUUCCCACAGUCUUGCUAAAGCGUAACAUCUGAGGUGUGCCCCUAUUUGCUUGUGCAGAAAACCGAGAACAAAAAUCUCCCCCUCCCUCUAACAUUUUUAAGGAUUUAUUUUGUUUGUAUUGAUUGUUGACAUUUAUUAACUUUAUUUGUUGUUUUGCUUUAGAGACAGAACUGUUCGGGGAUGAUGUAUUUUAAUUACCAUCUCCACAGCGUUUGAUUCAAAGGACAGUUAUUAAAAUCGUUACAAAAAAAUACUAAUACAGCAAGUACUCCAAAAUGAACUUGGAUUGCAAAUAAAACACCCAAAAUAUUGUUUUUUUUUUUACUUCAAGAAAAAAAUACACUCUUGAACCCUUUGAAUCAAAGUGUUUCUGUCUUUAUUUAUUACAACUGAGGCCGAUGGUUAACAUGAUUCAUAUCCAGUGUUUUCUGUAUGUGCACGUAAUACUUGAAUAUAAAUCAUUUCAGACAUA